GUGUCGCCACCUUCUUUGUCUCCGGCCCAAAAUUUCGACACCAGUGGUUGUCUUUUUCCCCGUUUAGUUUUGAGGAUAUAUUUAUAUAUAUCCCAAUUUUUUUGACAUUGAAUGACAGUCGACUCUGAACUAUUUAUGCCUAAAAGUAAAGCGCCAAAAAUGGAUGACCUGGACUACAUCCCAGUAGACCUGAGCCCAGAGGAGCGCUCUGAGCUUGAGGACAUCCGUAGGAGGAAGGGCGUCCUGCUGCAGGAGAUCCAGAGGCUCAGAGAGGAGUUACGAGAGGCGAUUUUGGAGGUAGAGGGACUGGAGACCAGCACAGAGGGCAGUAAAACUCUACAGAAAAGUAGGCACGUGGCAAUGGGAAGGAAGAAAUUCAACAUGGAUCCUAAAAAGGGCAUUGCUUUUCUGGUGGAGAAUGAGCUGUUGAGACACACUGCAGAGGACAUUGCUCAGUUCUUGUACAAAGGAGAAGGCCUCAACAAGACGGCUAUCGGAGAUUAUCUUGGAGAAAGGGAUGACUUCAACAUCAAAGUCCUACAGGCUUUCGUUGACCUCCAUGAGUUCACUGAUCUCAACCUUGUCCAGGCCCUCAGGCAGUUCCUGUGGAGUUUCCGUUUGCCUGGUGAAGCUCAGAAGAUCGACAGAAUGAUGGAAGCCUUUGCUCAGAGAUACUGCCACUGUAACCCUGGUGUCUUCCAGAGCACUGACACAUGUUACGUGCUGUCUUUUGCCAUAAUCAUGCUGAACACGAGCCUCCACAAUCCCAAUGUGAGGGACAAACCUGGAGUAGACCGUUUCAUCUCAAUGAACCGAGGGAUCAAUGAGGGGGGAGACCUACCAGAGGAGCUGCUCAGAAAUCUCUAUGAAAGCAUUAAGAAUGAGCCCUUUAAGAUCCCAGAGGAUGAUGGCAAUGACCUGACACACACCUUCUUCAACCCUGACAGAGAGGGCUGGCUUCUUAAGCUUGGGGGAAGGGUGAAAACCUGGAAACGUCGAUGGUUCAUUCUCACAGAUAACUGCCUUUAUUACUUUGAAUAUACCACAGAUAAAGAGCCACGAGGUAUCAUUCCCUUGGAAAACCUUAGCAUUCGGGAGGUAGAAGACCCAAGGAAACCUAACUGCUUCGAGCUGUACAUCCCCAACAACCGAGGUCAGCUGAUUAAGGCAUGUAAGACGGAGGCUGAUGGGAGAGUAGUGGAAGGAAACCACAUGGUGUACCGCAUCUCCGCUCCCACACCUGAGGAGAAGGAUGAGUGGAUCCACAGCAUCAAAUCUGCCGUUAGUGUGGAUCCCUUCUACGAAAUGCUUGCUGCCAGGAAGAAACGUAUAUCACUUAAGAAGAAAGAGGAGCAGCCGUAGAUCACGUCCUUCAUUCUCUCCCUGUCUUCCUCCUCCAUCCCUGCUCCUUACAACCUGUUCAUAAGUUUUGAUAACCCUCCUUCCUUAUCCUAAAAGCGGUCUCUUCCUUUUACGAGGACUCUUCCUGGCUAUCCUGUCUGCCAGACUUUUGAAAAGCCACAUUCAGGGUGAGAAGCUCACCCUCUGUGGCUGCAACUUAUCUUGGUUCUUACACUACUGCUGUUACACACUACACACAAGCGUGUGUUUAGACCAUAUUCACACCAGUGCUGAUCAUCUCCAAAACACCUUUUUUUGGCCUUUAAUCCACACUAACCAUAUUUGGUAAUGAAGGACUUGAAAAUGCUAUGAUUAGCUACGUUUGUACCUCACAGGAACCUUUUUUAAGGAAUUGAAAAGUUUCUUUAUGCUGCUGGUGGUCUGGAGCUCCUCUGCAAUUUAAAUAACUUCAAAGAUUUGUCAAAUUAGUCUGCUGACGUAGCAGCACAUGUUUUUACAUGUGGAACUUUAUACCAUUCACACAAAAUCUGGCAGUGUGUAUUUGUGCUUUAGAGUAGAAAUUCUGUAAAUAACAAAUAAUGACUUGCUGCUCUGUGACUGGCUAAAAGGUUACAAGAAGGCUACUUGGCCAAUCAAAAGUGCUGACUGCUGAAGUGAUCCUGAACUUUGAGAGUAAUACCCCUUGAGCCGAGACCUUUUUGGGGACUAAAAUAAUUCCCUCAGGACUUGAUUUAAGCCUUGAUUAUACUUUCCCUGUCGGCUAGUCUGCUAGUGUUCGCUUCGCUCUGAGUGACAUAAGUUUCGUUAUUAUAUAAAGAGUGUGACGGUCUGUGCGGACGUCCACGUACCUGCCAAUAUUUUGUGACCACAUGAACCCAUCCGAGAAGACUUUACAAUACAGUGCACCAACUGCACAUGCGCCCCAGGUGGCUGACUUUAAAGAAGUGUAACAGGAGUGAUUCCUCAGCCGUCAUAGCUCCAACUAUAUGUGUCCAUGUCUGAAGCAGAGUAUAAUCAUGGCUUUAUGUCCCUGCUGUGUAAAUGUAGUUCCUCCAAAGGUUCCUAAAAAUAGCAGAGUUGUUCAGUAGAAAUGUCUUUGGCUGGCUUAAGCCCCUGAUGCAUGCCUGAUAGAAAUUAACUCUCAUCUUAUGUGCUUUUUUUUUGGCAUGUGUAGUGGAAUUUUGGAAGGUUAUUCGAAGAAGCAGGUGUAGAUCCAAAACGUAUGAACCAAACAUCCAUUAGAGAUUUAUCUGCACUAGUGUGAAUGUGGUCUUUUUCAGGUUAGAAGUCCUCUGUCACAUUUAUUGAUGCCACCUAAAUGAGAAUUUGCCUUUCUUGAUUGUGCAUACCCCUAGACAAAAUGUGAAUUCACUAUACAAACACUAAUAAGACUAAUGUUCAUUUAGUGUUCAUCAGAGAGGAGUGAGGAUGCAAAUGAGUGAUUUCAGAUGACUAACUUGUUCUCAUUGUUUGCCAUAAUAAUCAUAACAGUUUUACAUUACUACCGUCCACAUUUGGGUACUGUAGGCACGUCAUUACUGUACAUUACCACAAGAUUUAUAUCGCCAAAUUACUGUUGAUCAUCAAGUAUGGUCAAGUGGAGACGAACAUUAGCAGAGAGCUGCGUGUUUGUGCUCACUUAGACAGUAUAUAUGUUCUUUAGCAUGUUUCUCUAACAUGUUUGAGCAAUAGCCACGUAGAAAAUCGUAGUUCCAGUCUGGAGGCUUGUUAACAAAUCCUUCAUACCACUAAUACUGAGCAGUUAACAUCAUGUCCUCUCAGAUGUAACAUUAUAGCAUGCCACACAUCAUUUUCAGCACUACAAGAUGAACAUGUCUCUCACCAGUCUGACAUUUAACUGUUAGAGCUGGGUCUGUCCACUAUAGUGAGUUUUAAGGAAUCACAAAGGCAGCUCAUUACAAUGUACACUUUUUUGUAAAUAGAUGUUAGCAUAUUUGUUUACAAUACACAUAGAAAUGAUUUAAUUUAUUCUUUUGGUUUUUUUUGUACGAGCUACUGUUUUACUGCAUGUCGAUAAACGGCGGCGUCAGUCGUAGGCCUGAUGCAUCACUGAUCAUGCUAGUGCACUGAUUUGAGAAGUGUUAGUGUUCCCUGUUGACUUGGAGAAGAUUUAAAAUGGAAGAUUGUUAAUGCAAAAGUUUAUGACCCCAUUCAGUUGUACGUUCUUUUUGGAGAACAACAUUUAAUUUUUUUUUUUUUUUUUUUUUAAAUGAGUAAAUCCGACCCAGUAAAGCACAAGCAGAGAUUCAGUCUCAAGCUCUGGUCGUUACAUGAUUAAGGCCAGAUGAAGUGUGAGGGAGCUGUUUACAAACCGAAGCUACAAUUUUCUGUCAGAUUAUAGUGAUUAAAAAUGAAGAGACAAGAUGAGAAACACUUCUAAAUAUCAUAGAAAAACAUUUAGAUGUAAUGAAUCAGUAACUCUUUUAGAUUUGUUUCCUGUGGUUGAGCUUAAUCUAGUAGUUUAAUGAAUUGGUGGUUUAGAUGUUGGAGAAUAUAAUUGUUUACUGCACUUUAUCAAUGUUAGUAUUUUGGAGAACAAUACAAUAAACAGUAAAGGAGCCUCCACGCAGGAAGUGAUUCAGAGAUUAUAGAAAGUGGGUGACAUUCGGCAAGGGCAAAAAAAAAGAAAGGAAAAAGCACUGGUGAAGAAAAGCAGGCGCAUCCCGAGAAAAAUCUUUCUCAACUUCCAGCCGAGCAAGUGAAGCAGCUACCAGUAAGAGUGCAUUAUACUGGUGAUUGGUGUGUGACCUGGUAGAAUGAUAGAGGGUUACUCAGGAUUAGGGCCACGCCUGCAAUGAUGCAGAUGCUGUACCUGUCCGCUGUGGUGAAGAGAGGGUGGAGCGUAAAAGCGAUUUCCAUCCCUGCCCUCACCUGUGGUCACAAGAUCUGGGUAAUUACCAACUUUCUCUUGAGUGGCUGGGCUGCUCCUUAGAGACAGGGUAAGAAGUUCAGUCUUUCAGAAGGGACUUGGAGUAGAGCUACUACUCUUCCACAUUGAAAGGAGACAGCUGACAUGAUUUUAGCAUCUGAUUAGGAUACCUCCAGGGUGAGGUGUUCCGGGCAUGUCCUACUGGGAGGAUUAUCUCUUUUGCUGGCCUGGGAACAUAUUGGUGUUCCCUGGAUGAGCUGGAUGAGGAGGUCUGGGCUUCUCUGCUUAGGCUGCUGCCCUGUUACCUGGUUACCUGGGUUGGUGGGUUACUCAGGCAACCAGAGCCCCGAAUGUCCACUUAACUAACCAACCAUCAGCUUCAAGCUGCGUCCACACUGGAAGCGAUUUGCAGUAAUGUGGCAACUAGAGAAAGUCAGAUGACAUUCAGCAACUACAGGCAAAUAAACAAAAACGCUGAUGCCGCCAAGGGGGUGGAUCCCAAGACAAACUUCUCUCAACUUUGAGCUGAGCGAUGAGCACAGGAUAUGGGUGAUUGACGCACAGUAAAUACAUAUCAGUAGAGCGUUACCUGAGCAACCAGAGCCCAGAAUGACCUGAAAUGAUCAAUAACGAGUGAAUUGCCCUCUGUGACUCCACAGAGCGUUUGCAGUGUUUCCCAGCCUUUUUAAACCACUGCACAUAUUUCACAUUAGAAAAAUUACAAGACACGCCACCAAACAAAAAUGUCACAGAAAAGUAUAUUUGUCAAAAUAUGAUGAAAAUCUAGUCUCAGUUUACUUAAUUUAAUUACUCAGUGUGAAGUCUGGGCCUGUUUAGUUGAACACAAAGCUGAUAUUCUUGCAGGAAUUGAAGAAAGACACACACGAAGAUCUUCCUCAACAGCUCUGAGUCUUUCUCUUAUUUCGGCUGGAUAAUCUUCCACAACACUCCUGAUGUUUUCUCACGGCACACUUAUGUGGUUGGUAAACACUGAUCUUAUGUAUUUACUUCAGGGCAUAUGUCAAUCACCAGUAUCCUGCACUACCAUUGGUAGUAGUCAAAAGUUGAGAUGUUUAUCUCAGGACCUGCCCAUUUUGCAUCACCAGCAUUUUUUUUUUCACCCAUAGUCACAUGCAGUUGCCAAAUGUCACUAACUUUUCUGUGGUUUCUGGUCACCAUGGUGCUGCAAAUCACUUCCAGUGGGGAUACAGCUUCAGCUUUAAAGUGAUGAACAACACGCAAGUCACUCCUGUGUAAACGCGCACACACAGAGCCCACUUUGCUACACCAGCAUUUUUUUCUUUCUUUUCCCCCUCGCCUGUGGUAACUUGAAGUCACUGGCUUUCUAUGGUCUCUGGUUGCCACGUUGCUGCGAAUCGCUUCCUGUGUGGACGCAGCUUGAUAUGCUGAAGCAUGAACUGUGUACAUACAUCACUUUGUCAGUUCCAGCUGUAGCAGCAGCAGAUAAUGAUCAUGUUGCAUUAGGCUGAAUGGGGUCUUCCCUUUUAUGAUUCACACUGCAAGGCCUCACUUUAUCUUUCAUGUUUGUGCUUCUUGUACAUCACAGAGACUGUAGGCCUUCACUUUCUGGGUAUUCUUGAAAUGCAAAGUUGCCAAAAAAUAAUAUUUUCAUUCAAACACAAGAAUGAACACUGAAAUGAACUGAAUGAAGCUGGACCACUGUUUCUGAUUCCUUUCACCCCAGAGCCACCUCUUUUCAGAAAAUGUGUUUAUUUUGUAUUUAUUUAUUUUUGUUUAUUGUGAGGUGAAGAUGGAUAGAUCAUCUGUAAAUGUAGCAAAAGGAAAACCACGAUACAUUGGUGCCAGUUAAACUACUGUGUAACAAUAAAAGGUAA